AUGGCUUCUUCUAUGGCAAUGAGGAGAUUGGCCGUCGGCCCUGCUUUCACGCGGGCUGCUAGGUUCCCUUCUCGAGCUUUCUCCACCACUCGACCUGUUGCCCGAGUUAUCACAGGCAAUGGUCCUCUACGAGCCAAGGAGGCCUCUCCUUUCGUGAGCAACAAAUACGCCGUCAUCGACCACGAGUAUGAUGCUCUCGUCGUUGGUGCUGGUGGUGCCGGUCUGCGAGCUGCUUUCGGUCUCGCCGAGGCUGGCUUCAACACUGCCUGUAUCUCCAAGCUUUUCCCUACUCGAUCUCACACCGUCGCCGCCCAGGGUGGUAUCAACGCUGCCCUAGGUAACAUGCACGAGGAUGACUGGCGAUGGCACAUGUACGAUACCGUCAAGGGUUCCGACUGGCUGGGUGACCAGGAUGCUAUUCACUACAUGACCCGAGAGGCCCCCGCUUCCAUUAUCGAGCUUGAGAACUACGGCUGCCCCUUCUCGCGAACUGACGAUGGCAAGAUUUACCAGCGAGCUUUCGGUGGCCAAUCCAAGGAGUACGGAAAGGGUGGACAGGCUUACCGAUGCUGCGCUGCUGCUGACCGAACCGGCCACGCCCUUCUUCACACGCUCUACGGACAGUCCCUCCGACACAAGACCAACUACUUCAUCGAGUACUUCGCCCUCGACCUGAUUAUGCAGGAUGGUGAGUGCCGCGGUGUCCUCGCCUACAACCAGGAGGAUGGCACCCUGCACCGAUUCCUUGCCAACCACACUGUUCUCGCUACUGGUGGUUACGGACGAGCCUACUUCUCUUGCACAUCUGCCCACACCUGUACUGGUGACGGCAUGGCCAUGGUUGCCCGUGCCGGUCUCCCCAACCAGGAUCUCGAGUUCGUCCAGUUCCAUCCUACCGGUAUCUACGGAGCUGGUUGCCUGAUUACUGAGGGUUCUCGUGGUGAGGGUGGUUACCUCCUCAACUCCGAGGGUGAGCGAUUCAUGGAACGAUAUGCUCCUACCGCUAAGGAUCUUGCUUCUCGUGAUGUCGUUUCUCGAUCCAUGACCUUGGAGAUCCGUGAGGGACGUGGUGUUGGUGCUGAGAAGGAUCACAUCUACCUCCAACUCAGCCAUCUCCCCGCUGAGAUCCUUGCUGAGCGUCUGCCCGGUAUCUCUGAGACCGCCGGUAUCUUCGCUGGUGUUGAUGUCCGCAAGCAGCCCAUUCCCGUUCUUCCUACCGUCCACUACAACAUGGGUGGUAUUCCUACACGAUACACUGGUGAGGUUCUUACCGUUGACGAGAAGGGUGAGGACAAGGUUGUCCCUGGUCUGUACGCUUGCGGUGAGGCCGCUUGUGUGUCUGUCCACGGUGCUAACCGCCUGGGUGCCAACUCUCUUCUCGAUCUUGUUGUCUUCGGCCGUGCCGUUUCGCACACCAUUCGUGACAAGUUCAACCCCGGUGACGCCCUGAAGCCCGUUGCCGCUGAUGCCGCUUCCGACCACAUCGAGGUCCUCGACAAGGUCCGAACUGCUGAUGGUCCCAAGAGCACCGCUGAGAUCCGACUUGCCAUGCAGAAGGCUAUGCAGACUGAUGUCAGCGUUUUCCGAACCCAGGAGAGUUUGGAUGAGGGUGUUCGCAAGAUGACGGAGAUUGAUGCCAUGUACAGCCAGGUUGGCAUGAAGGAUCGCAGCAUGAUCUGGAACUCUGAUCUCGUCGAGACCCUUGAGCUCCGCAACUUGCUCACCUGCGCCAUCCAAACUGCCACCUCUGCCGCCAACCGAAAGGAGUCUCGUGGUGCUCACGCCCGCGAGGAUUUCCCUGAGCGAGAUGACGAGAACUGGAUGAAGCACACUCUUUCUUUCCAGAAGGAGCCCCACGGCAAGGUCGACCUGUCAUACCGAAAGGUCAUCGCCAACACCCUGGACGAGGCCGAGUGCAAGCCCGUGCCACCCUUCAAGCGUGUGUACUAA